ACCGGCUCGCCGUGACGGAGAGAAGGGGCGGCGGGCGCGGGCGGCCGGCCAUGAUCGCGUCGUGUCUGUGUUACCUGCUGCUGCCGGCCGCGCGCCUUUUCCGCGCCCUCUCAGAUGCUUUCUUCACAUGUCGAAAAAAUGUCCUCCUGGCGAAGAGCUCGUCCUCCCAGGUAGAAGGCAACUUUGCCAUGGCCCCUCGGGGCCCCGACCAGGAGGAGUGUGAGGGCCUGCUGCAGCAGUGGCGGGAAGAAGGGUCGAGCCAGGUGCUGUCAACUGUGAGCGAUGGUCCCCUUGUAGAUAAGGGACUCGCUGAGAGCAGCCUGGCCCUCCUGAUGGAUAAUCCUGGAGAACAGGAUGCUGCUCCUGAGGACAAGUGGUCCAGCAGGCAGCUGAGUGACCUGCGGGCAGCAGAGAACCUGGAGGAGCCUUUCCCCGAGGUGCUAGGAGAGGAGGAGCUGCUGCCGGAGGUCGAGGGCCCAAUAUGGGCAGCAGUGCCCGUGCAGACCGGCCCCCAGUACACAGACUGUGCCGUCCUCCCCGUGGGUGCGCUGGCCACAGAGCAGUGGGAUGAGGACCCCGCGAUGGUGGCCUGGAGCAUCGCACCGGAGCCUGUGCCCCAGGAAGAGGCUGCCGUCUGGCCCUUUGAGGGUCUGGGGCAGCUUCAGCCUCCCCCAGUGGAAAUCCCAUAUCACGAAAUCUUGUGGCGAGAAUGGGAGGAUUUCUCCACUCAGCCAGAUGUUCAGGGCCUGGAGGCAGGGGAUGGCCCUCAGUUCCAGUUCACUCUGAUGUCCUAUAAUAUCCUGGCCCAGGACCUGAUGCAGCAGAGCUCCGAGCUCUAUUUGCAUUGCCACCCAGACAUCCUCAACUGGAACUAUCGCUUUGCGAAUCUCAUGCAGGAAUUCCAGCACUGGGACCCAGAUAUCUUGUGUCUCCAGGAAGUCCAGGAAGAUCAUUACUGGGAGCAGCUGGAGCCCUCUCUGAGAAUGAUGGGCUUUACCUGUUUCUACAAGAGGAGGACCGGGUGUAAGACAGAUGGCUGUGCUGUCUGCUACAAGCCCACGAGAUUCCGUCUGCUCUGCGCCAGCCCCGUGGAGUACUUUCGGCCUGGCUUGGAGCUCCUCAAUCGGGACAACGUGGGCUUAGUGUUGCUGCUGCAGCCACUGGUCCCAGAAGGCCUGGGGCAAGUCUCGGUGGCCCCCUUAUGUGUGGCAAAUACCCACGUCCUGUACAACCCACGGCGGGGUGACGUCAAGCUGGCCCAGAUGGCCAUUCUCCUGGCCGAAGUGGACAAGGUGGCCAGGCUGUCAGACGGCAGCCACUGCCCCAUCGUCCUGUGUGGGGACCUGAACUCUGUCCCCGACUCACCUCUCUACAACUUCAUCAGGGACGGAGAGCUCCAGUACCACGGGAUGCCAGCCUGGAAGGUAUCUGGACAGGAAGACUUCUCCCAUCAGCUUUAUCAGAGGAAGCUGCAGGCCCCACUGUGGCCCAGCUCCCUGGGUAUCACUGACUGCUGUCAGUAUGUCACCUCCUGUCAUCCCACGAGCUCAGAGAGACGCAAGUAUAGCCGAGACUUCCUGCUGCGUUUCCGCUUCUGUAGCAUUGCCUGCCGGCGACCUGUGGGACUGGUUCUUCUGGAAGGAGUGACAGACACUAAGCCAGAGCGACCUGCUGGCUGGGCUGAGUCUGUCAUUGAGGAAGACACAUCUGAGUCUGAGCCAGACGUCCCCAGCAUGGCCGCCCAGAGGUCACCACAAUGCCCCUGGGUCUGGGAACGACAGUGGAUUACAUCUUCUUCUCAGCCGAGUCCUGCGAGAAUGGGAACAGAACUGACCGCAGGCUGUAUCAGGAUGGAACCCUCAAGCUCCUGGGCCGGCUCUCGCUCCUCUCUGAAGAGAUCCUCUGGGCUGCCAACGGCUUACCCAACCCCUUCUGCUCUUCAGACCACCUCUGCCUACUGGCCAGCUUCGGGAUGGAAGUCACCGCCCCAUGACGGGCUCCCAGGGGAAGAGCGCGUCUUCUCUUCCAGAAGAGCUCACCGGAUCAGAGACUGUGGAAAUAUCCCACGCUUCUGGAAACUUAGAUCCAAGAAACUUAAUGUCCCCUCCCUGCCCCCUCCUCGUUCCCUUCUCCCCCACAGUUAGAUUUUCUCCAGGCCUGUCCACAUUCUCUGCCUGUGGUCCCUGCCCUGCCCCAGCCUCUUCCUAAUCCUGUGCCACAUGAGGGGGUGGCCCCGGGAAAGGCACAAGCGGGGGGUCCCCCCUUCCCUCCGUGUAUCCAGCGCUCCCCACUGAUUUUUGAUUACCAGGGUUGUGGGAGCUACUGAUCUUGAUUAUUUAUUUUCAGGCCAUUUCUUGGUGGUGCCUUCUGACCCGACCCUCUCCCUGCCUGAGACCCGUGGGCACAGCCCUCCUGCAGACACACACAUAUUGAGACGCGCUCUUCUGCGCGGUCACGCCUGUCUCUGACCAACCCCCUUGCCACACUGGGGCCGUGGGUCACAGGCCCUGCUCUCCCCUUAUCUUCUGUUUCAUUAGGCAUUCAUCCGGCCAACCAGGGGGUCCUCUGCAUCAGGGCUCUGGAACAAGUGGGCCCCGCAGACUUGGGUGCACUUCCGGUCUUUGCAGCCUCUGAGCCUCCUGCCCAGAGUGCCCCACCGGCCUGCGUGCUUCCCCCAGGGCUUGUCCUUUUCCCCAGGCUGCCCUGUGGCGGGUGGAGGGUCAGUGGGCAGAGAGAGUGAUUUGAGGUUCAGAGCGCUUCAAGGCUGAGGAGAAAGAACUGUCAGGAAACUCAGGUCUCUCUGGAGGACCAGGGUGAGGGUGGGAGUCCCGGGGCGGGAGAGCAGGCAGCGGACUCGAGGCCUCAGGGACUUGCCCCCUUGCCUCACACACCUCAGUUGCAGCUUUCUGUUCCUCUGCUCCCCCUGCUUUUUACUGUUUGCUGCCUACCACAUUCCCUUCCCCUUUUUUGCCCCUAGAAAAAAGCCUGAGAUUGAGCCCAGGCCAAGCCUUCUCAGUAGAAAGGCGGCCUUGGGCACAAGUGGCCUGAGACCCAGACGUGGCGGUGCCUGAGGGUUUGCUCCAGCUGGCCCGGCCUCUGCUGCUCGUUGUCUGCUUUCCCUCUCUCUGGCCCAUUCAGGGGGCUCCCUCGCCCACGCGAGUCACCUGCAGGCCUCAGCCUUUCAUUGCUGGGCAUGGCGUGGGGUGUUCCUGGCCAGCUCCUCCUCAUACCUCCCGUCACUCAGAGUAGCUGAGUGGCCCUGCAGAUGUGGCCCCCAGAGCGGGACUGGAGGAUAUAGCAGAGAGAGGCUAAAGUUAGGGACAGUUAGCUGAGGUUCACGUUUUCUCCUUUGUUUUUUUUGAGAGCCAAAGACCCAGCUUGGAUCUGCUGCUGCUGCAUUCAUGGUUAUAAGCUUUCCAUGCCUCGGUUCUGGGGAAUUUAUCUCUGCGUGUAUAUUUUUAAGCAUUGUUUCCUGGGUACUGGGCAUGUGCCUGUCUGAGCCCCAGGCCCAUCUGUCCACACCCCACCAUCCAUUCUGUCUGUCUCUUCCUGGACAUCUAGGGUGGUCUCCGUGUUUCCUAGAACUAGGGUCCGUCAGCUCUUCUCUUCUGCCAGGCAGUGUAGUUUAAAAAUGGCUAAAGAUGGCAGAGGGCAGGAGCUUGAUAGAUAAUCUUCUCCUUGUUUUCUUACUUGUUUCUGUUUUGGAAAUGAAAGGGGGGUUUAAAUGGUCAUUGGAAUUCUCUCUUCCAAAUAAAGGUUUACCUUUC